CCAGAACAUAAAGCAACCUAGAGGCAGCAGGAGGCAGGAGCCUACCUCUCCAGCCAUGGUGCCUAUCUUGUUCUCCAUGAGCCUCUCCCGUUUGGGCCUGUGGGCUUCUGGACUGAUCUUGGCCUUAGGCUUCCUCAAACUUAUUUGUCUGCUGGUGCGGAGGCAGUCACUGGCCAGGGCUAUGGACAGCUUCACAGGACCACCCACCCACUGGCUCUUCGGGCAUGCUCUCGAGAUGCAGCAGACAGGGAGCCUGGACAAGGUGGUAUCCUGGACCCACCAGUUUCCUUAUGCCCACCAACUGUGGAUCGGACCAUUUCUGGGCUUCCUGAACAUCUACGAGCCGGAUUAUGCCAAAGCUGUGUACAGCCGAGGGGACCCCAAAGCCCCGGAUCCGUAUGACUUCAUCCUCCCAUGGAUUGGGAAUGGCCUGUUGGUCCUUCACGGACCCAAGUGGUUCCAGCACCGCAAGCUGCUCACACCCGCCUUCCAUUAUGAUGUGCUGAAGCCCUAUGUGGCCGUGUUUGCCAGCUCCACACGUGCAAUGCUGGACAAGUGGGAGGAAAAGGCUCGUGAGCAUAAGAGCUUUGACAUCUUCUGCGAUGUGGGCCACAUGGCGCUGGACUCACUCAUGAAGUGCACAUUUGGCAAACAAGACGGUGGCCUGGGCCACAGGGAAAGUAGCUACUAUCAUGCAGUUUACAAUCUCACAGUGUUGACACAACAGCGCCUCCAGGAGUUCCUGUACCAUAAUGACUUCAUCUACUGGCUCACCCCGCAUGGCCGCCGUUUCCUGCGUGCCUGCCAGGUGGCACAUGACCACACAGACCAGGUCAUCAGGGAACGGAAAGCAGCUCUGCAGGAUGCGAAAGAGCAGGCGAAGAUCCAGAACCGAAGGCACCUGGACUUCCUGGACAUUCUCCUGGGGACUCAGGAUGAAAAUGAGAUCAAGCUGUCAGAUGCAGAGCUCCGGGCUGAGGUGGAUACGUUCAUGUUCGAAGGCCAUGACACUACCACGAGUGCCAUCUCCUGGUUUCUGUACUGCAUGGCUCGGUACCCAGAGCACCAGGAUCGCUGUCGGGAGGAGGUCCGUGAGAUCCUCGGGGACCGGGACUCCUUCCAGUGGGAUGAUCUCAGCAAGAUGACCUACUUGACCAUGUGUAUCAAGGAGAGCUUCCGCCUCUACCCACCUGUGCCCCAGGUGUACCGCCAGCUCAGCAAGCCUGUGAACUUUGUGGACGGCCGCUCUCUACCUGCAGGUAGCCUGAUCUCUCUGCACAUCUAUGCCCUGCAUAGGAACAGCUCAGUGUGGCCCGACCCUGAGGUCUUUGACCCACUACGCUUUUCCUCUGAGAAUGUGACCGGACGCCACCCCUUUGCCUUCAUGCCCUUCUCUGCCGGGCCCAGGAACUGCAUCGGGCAGCAGUUUGCCAUGAACGAGGUGAAGGUGGUCACGGGCCUCUGCUUGCUCCGCUUUGAGUUUGCCCUGGACCCCUCACGGCCUCCCAUCAAGAGUCUCCAGCUAAUCCUGAAGUCCAAGAAUGGCAUCCACCUCCAGCUGAAGCCACUGGGCCCCAACUCCGGCAAGUAGCUUUGCCAAGAGUCAGACCCCAGAUAACCCAGGUUGUGGCCUGUCCUGGGCACCCCCAUCCCCAGGCUGGAUUGUGGAACAGCUGUGAUUCCCUGCCUUUGGGAGGCUUGUAGUUUAGAAGGGGAGCAGGUACCCGCAUAGACAAUCAGCCCAAAGAUGACGUGAUGUAACCAUGUGUGUCCAUAAAUGCUUACUCUGCAUGUA